UUCGCUGGCGAAAUGGUACGUCCCACAGCUUUUCCUCCUCCCCGUUGCUUAGCGCGCGCUCUGAUUGGUCCCGCCGCCCCGCAGUCGACGCCGCUGCCGCCAGAGUCGGUCAGUCAGCGAAGGAAGCGAGCGACGAGCUGGUCGCUCGGCGGCCACUUUCUCCCGCCUUUGCCGUUUCGUCCACGGCCUCUUUGGCUUGCAAUGGCCUCGGAUUCUGGAAGUUUCAGCCAUUCUGGCGGUCAGCAGCAGAGCUAUACAGGGUAUGGCAGCCAAGGAAAUCAGAACUUUGGACAACCGCCACAGGCUUACCCUGGCUACGAGCAGAGCGGGGAGAGUUCCUCAUAUGGGCAAGGGUACGGAAGCUAUCAAGGCAACUACGGACAAACCCAGACAGGUUAUGGGCAAAGUGGCCAGCAAGGUUAUGGCGGUUAUGAAAAUCAGAACCCGAGCUCCUACGGCCAGGAGUCCUACGGCAAUCAGGGGCAACAGAAAGAUUCAUCAGGAGGCGGGAGACCCCCAUACGACCAGAAGCCCAGCUAUGGACAACAACAAGGUUCGUACGACCAACCUUCAGGUUAUGGUCAACAGCAAGGGUCCUACGACCAACAGUCGGGUUACAGCCAGCAGCAAAGGCCGUUCGACCAGCAGUCCGGCUAUGGCCAACAGGGACAGCAGCAAAGCUCAUAUGACCAGCAGUCAGGGCAAAACCGAGAUUCCUACGACCAGCAGCAGCAGCAGGGCUAUGGUCAGCCGCCAGGCUCUUACGGCCAAAAGUCAAGCUAUGGCCAGCAACAAGGAUCGUACGGCCAGAACCAGCCAUCCUACCAGUUACAGCAGAAGGAAAGUUAUGAACAUAACAUGCAGGAUGAUCGCCGUGAAAAGAGCAGGUACGGAGAAGACAGCAGAGGUUAUGGCGGGCCACGAGGAGGUGGAAGCAGGUUCGAUUCCGACAGCAGAGGUCCAAUGUCUGGGAUGAGUGGUGGUGACCGAGGGGGCUCCAAAAAUUUUGGUGGUCAAAGGGAUUACGGUCCAAAGUCAGAUGCUGAUUCGGAAUCUGAUAACUCUGACAACAACACCAUCUUUGUGCAAGGACUCGGAGAUGAUGUUUCAGCCGAUCAAGUGGCUGAGUAUUUCAAGCAAAUAGGUAUUAUUAAGACUAAUAAAAAGACAGGCAAGCUUAUGAUAAACCUCUACACAGACAAGGAUACUGGCAAGCCAAAGGGGGAAGCAACAGUGUCUUUUGAUGAUCCUCCUUCUGCUAAGGCAGCAAUUGACUGGUUUGAUGGAAAGGAAUUCAAUGGCAGUGUUAUCAAGGUUUCUUUUGCAACGAGACGGCCUGAAUUCAUUCGAGGAGGCGGAGGAGGUGGUGGUGGUGGUGGACGCCGAGGUUCGCGAGGAGGGGGCUUUGGAAGAGGUGGGGGCUUCCGAGGCCAAGGCGGAGAACCCAAGAGUGGAGACUGGGUUUGCCCGAAUCCGACUUGCGGUAACAUGAAUUUUGCCCGCCGGAAUUCCUGCAAUCAGUGUAACGAGCCUAGGCCGGAAGACUCUCGUCCCCCGGGAGGAGGAGACUUCCGUGGCAGAGGUGGCUUUGGUGGCGAUAGGGGGUUCCGAGGCCGUGGUGGCCGAGGCGGCUUUGGUGGCAAAAUGGGAGGAAGGAACGAUUUCAGAAGCGAUCAGCGUAACAGGCCCUACUAGAAAUAGCCUCGGAUGUCCUCUUCAUCUCUCAAAUGGCUUUUUUGUCGGUGAAAUUUGCCAGGUUUCGCCUGCUGCUUGAUACCCUGUGGCCUCUUCUGGAUAGUGGAAUGAGAAAUGUGAAAAUGGCUUUUUAUUUUGGUGGGAGGGGGCUGGGGUCAGAGGCCUUUUUCAUCUCUCUUAUUUUUUAAAGCAAGUCCAUUGAAAUUUCAUCUUUAAUUUCCAACAUUCCCCUCUCCGGUACACAAUACCCCCAAUACCCCACCUCACCCCUCCGCCAACUUAAUUCUUCCGUAGCCUCAGAAAGAAGGAAUUAAAUUGUAAAAUAUUUGCCA